AUCUCCGCCAGCUGCGCAGGCUCAGUACGCCGCACUGUCAAAUCAGGGCUUUCCGUCGCUCUUCGCGGAUUUACUUGAUUUAUAUAUUUAAUACUUCCUUAAUAUAAUCCACGCCGACUUCAAAGACGCACAGACUCACAGUCAGACCACCUUCAGCCUGCAUUUGUCACUCAUCUUUUUGACGCACUUGAAUCAACCGCUCUGACCCAGAUAACAGCUGAGUGCCUGCAGUGAGGCCAGCCUCCCUGAGCUCCCUGCGCUCAGAGCUGACUGUCAACGGCAUCCAACCUUCCGUGCCAGUCCUGCUUCCAUCCAAUCACGGAGAAGACAUGGCAGAUCCUGGCCUCACAUCUCCCUCAGGAACCCCCCUGCGCUCACCCAAUGCCCCUCUCACCCUCUCCUUCCCCUUCCUUAGGGAGGGAAGUCGGGUGUGGGAGGAGCGAAGGGAGCAACCGGUGCCGCACGAUCUUCCCAGCCCACUGCCGACCAAACGCAACCGUACCUACUCAGCGACGGUCCGUGCUCACUCAGGUCCCGUUUUUAAGGGCGUCUGUAAAAACUUCUCCAGAUCCCAAGGUCAUGGUUUCAUCCAGCCGUCGCAUGGCGGGGAAGACAUCUUUGUCCACAUCUCAGACAUCGAGGGGGAGUAUGUUCCUGUUGAAGGAGAUGAGGUCACAUACAAAGUGUGCCGAGUCCCACCAAAGAAUGUGAAGGUGCAGGCUGUGGAUGUGAAGAUCACACACCUGAACCCGGGGACCAAACAUGAGACCUGGUCUGGCCAGAUCAUCAGCUCCUAGUGACGGUGCUCAGCGUCUGAUGGGGGGGGAGGAACUUGGCUUUUCUGGGGUCAGACUCUCAUCCUAAAUAUGUUUAAUUCUUCACAGUAAAGUGCUCGGGUCCAUAGUUAGACUGUGAGGCACAGCACUGUUUCAAAACUGCCCCCAUUCAACAAUCAACUCUGCACGAGACACAGAAACUUUUUUAUUUCAGGUUAAAACAUACAUUUUCUUUUUUUAGUUAAGAUAAAGAUGGACCUAUUGAUAAAAAACACCGUAUUCCAGAGUAGCUCUGUUUAUUCAAAAUGAGCCUAAAGCAUUAAAAAGCGUUGAGGAAAAAGGUGGUUCUGAUAUACAGACCACACAAUUCUGACUGUAUAUAAAUGCAGACAAGAUGAAAACACGCAAAAGUGUCAACCUCAGAACCACAAAAAAAACUGAAUUAAAGAAAAACAUAAAACAAAUGGGACAUAAAGAAAUAGCUUGGAUCAAGUUAAUAAUCUGAAUUUGUUUAACAUUUUAAAUUUGUGAUUACUAAAAAAGUGAGGAUUUUUCUGUUCUACUUUUGGCCACUGAUCCUUCAUUUUACAAAAACUACACACAAUAUUUUUGAUGAAACUGAUAGAGAAAUGUGAAGAAUUGUUUACUAAAAGCAGCAAAAAUCUCAAAAGAUGUAGCCUGAUCUCCUAUGAUCCUACGAUGCAAACUCUUGUUAUUUAUUCAUGUAUUGUCUUGUUUUUGGGUGAGUGUCUCCUAAAAAUCUGGACUCAAUUUGACGUCUAAAUUCAGCAUUUGCAAUGCAUAUUUUUGUGUGAGACUUUGUAAAACUUGGCUUCACAUUUUACUAGUUGGUGUCAAUAAAGUUCAUUCCACACCAUGUUGUUUUCAAAGUAAUUGUAUCUUACAUAAUAUGUGUGUUUGUUUACACUUACAAUAUGUCAGCCACAAAUUCUCUGUCUGUCAGUGUCACUGCUCGAAUCUUAAUAUCAAAUUCUGUUGCAUUAAGUGUCAAAAAGCUGUGGAGGAUGUGGUGGUGAUUCUGAGCCUCUUAACUACAAUAAAGUUUAAUUUGGGA